CAAUUCGAAGCCAUGGGUUCUUGGAAGUUGAACCCAAGUGCAACAUCUGAACAUUCUCCUAGAUUCCAUCUUAAUGCAGACUCUUCAGCUUUCAACGUCAGCCUCUUUUUCCCUCCCCACUUCUGCUUUACCAUCUAGCCUGAUGAAUUCUACGGAAUUCAAAAGUUUGCAAACUAUUUUAUGCUGUUUGGGUUUACCCAAUGAAGGAUUUUGGAAUUCUUUCUUAUCGUUAACAUGGCUACCUUUGUUUGUUGGAAAUCAAUACUAAAAGUCUGCAUUGUAAUGGAUGAAGCUGCAGUUGUUCAUGAUAAUAGAAUGCAGAAAACCAGUGACUUCUUGGCCAUCUCUAAUGCAGAAGAAGAAGAAACUGGUGACCAUGCAUUCCAGCAUCAAGCAUGCAGGGAAGCAGGAGCCCCAUCCUUUGAGCAGAACGUGACUCAAGCACCCUUGCCUGCCACAGUGCCAAUUAAUGAAGAUGCUUUUCCAUCACUAAAUGCACAGAUACAGCUGUCUCAGUCGCUCUCAUUUUCAGCAGAAGAAUUUCAUCGGGCUGACCAGAGCAGCCAUUCCCUUUAUGAAAUGCAGUCUUCAGAGGGGGGUGGUACUCACAUGAUGAUUGUUGCCAGCCAGUCUGAAAAUGGUCAAGUGCUACAUGUGAUUCCUUCUUCACAACCAGGAAUGGCGCAAGUGAUUAUUCCCCAUGGUCAGCAUCUGGAUGUCACUGGCUCUCCGGACACUUCAGAAGAGAAAAACUGUGAUGGGGGUUUGCAAACAGUGACAGUGGCUGCUCUAGCAGACAAUGCAAGCACUUACAUCCUUCCUCCUCAAACAUCUCUUUCAGGGUCCAAGAAAACAGCUGACGGGAUCUUGGAAGAUGCUUUUCCAGUUUCUCCCCAGACUUCACCCCCAAAUACCCCUGCAUGGGCUCACCGUCUCAGAAGCUGUGAGAAAAUUGGGGAUUCUUACCGUGGCUAUUGUUCCAGUGAAACAGAAUUAGAGAGUAUUCUAACACAGCACAAACAGCAAACGCAGAGUGUCUGGGGAACACGUCAGUCUCCGAGCCCCGCUAAACCCGCCACAAGGUUGAUGUGGAAAUCCCAGUAUGUUCCAUUUGAUGGGAUCCCUUUCAUCAAUGCAGGUAGUAGAGCCAUCGUGAUGGAGUGCCAGUACGGGCCCCGAAGGAAGGGGUUUACACCCAGAAAAGCUGGUGAGGAGAGCAUUUCCUGCCAACUGUACAAAGCCACUUGUCCUGCAAGGAUCUACAUUAAGAAGGUCCAGAAAUUUCCUGAAUACAGAGUCCCCACAGACCCCAAAAUUGAUAAGAAAAUAAUACGUAUGGAGCAGGAAAAAGCUUUCAACAUGUUGAAAAAAAACCUGAUUGAUGCUGGAGGAGUUCUCAGGUGGUAUGUGCAGUUACCUACCCAGCAGGCUCACCAAUAUCAUGAAAUGGAGGAGAUCUGCCUUCCGCCUUCACCUUUUUCCAUGCCAUCUCCAGAAGAAGAGGAAGAGGCAGUCAGAGAUGAGAACUGCAUGUUACCAUCGCGACUUCACCCACAAGUAGCAGAAAAGAUUCGAGAACUUGUGUCUCAAGGAAUAGAACAAGUCUAUGCAGUGAGGAAACAGUUACGGAAGUUUGUGGAACGAGAACUGUUCAAACCUGAUGAAGUGCCAGAGAAGCACAACUUGUCAUUCUUUCCUACUGUAAAUGAUAUCAAGAACCACAUCCAUGAAGUUCAGAAGAACCAAAGAAACGGGAAGAUAGUAUGUAACUCAGAAAGUGUCCCUGCCAUGCUUCAGUGGACUACGGAGAGUGGGAACGUUCUUACUGAAACAGUAACAGUCACAUUUGCAUCACCGCCAAACGAGGAGAGCUCACCAGAGAAAACUCUAAUCAAAGUGGAAUCAAAUCAGGCAAGGGAGCUCUUAUAUUCACAGACUGCUCAGUUACUGUCAUCACUCCAGCCCAGAGUAUUUACCCAGCUCAAGGGACUGCAAUUACAGUCUUCCACAGAUGGAGCAGCAACCGUUAUCACUAUGGAUAGCCCUCCACCCAGGUCUGCAAGCCUCCCGCAUUCCACAGGGAGGCAAAUAAUAAGCCAGCCAGUACUUUGCCAGGAUCAUGACCUCAGAGUGAAUUUCAGUCAAGCACAGAACAAUGCAACUGUAUCAGUGCUGGAAGAGCAGCCUGGAUCAGAACAUGGGGUAGUCACUGUUUGCCAGUUUAUCACCGUGGGCUGUAUAGAGGAUGAUGACAUGAUCAAAGCUGAUCAGAGUCUUUUGGGAGAUGUACAGUCCAUUCCUGCACAAAGUGGAGGCAGUUAUCCAGCACUUAAAAACCCAGAAGGCACUGUCUGUACAGGCAACGUUGAUCAAGAAACAAAGGAGCAAGUUGGGGAUGAACCAAUCCAGAGGCUUCCUAAUGGCAUCCAUACUAGAGUCUGUGACGACUCCUGAGAACUUGGAAUGAGGCAAAGUCUGCCUGGAAGAGGACAGUGUGACGUUUGGUGCAGGCUGCACACACUUUUGUGUGAUAGGAGGCUGCUGGUUUGGGCGUGCAACUGAGUUUGUUCCCUGCCAGUCCCAGAUGACUCCCUUCUCAUGUGAAGGCUGCUGUAAUCCUCCUCCUCUACACGAUGCUGUGGGUAACACUCAAGUGGCUUCUUGUCAGUAUGUAGUAGGUUUUUCAUAAUUGGUUCCCUGAUAUUCUCAAAAUAAUUUUGUGGGGUAGGAUAUUAACUGCAGAUUUUCUUUUCUAAAGCCUUCAGCUUGCUCUAGCAGCCCCAAAUGCAGCAGAGCUUGGCCAGGCAGGGACAGAAUGGCUUCUUGCAAGGAAUGUAUUAACUGAGCUUGAGUCUUUCAUUUUCCAAGGAAAAGAACACAGGAUGGAGAAGGGGUAGGGGGCGAUGUCUCUGGGAAGGGGAAUGAAGUUGCUGGCAAAAGUGUUAAACAAGAUGACAUGCAGAUGUAAACAUGGUGUGGUGGAAGGAAAAGGCUUUCAUUUGAUCUCUACAUUUAACCUGCAGAGCUGUUCAUGACAUUUCUUUUUUCAUGUUGUCUUCCUUAUCCUAAAGGGAAAGGAGCCAGUGGAACAUAGCUGCUCAUCUGGUGGUGACUUUUCAGCUGCCCUCUCCUCUUUUUACUUUGUGCACUUUACCCUUUAUGUUCAGAGAAACAUAAUAGGGAUGAAAAACUAUGAACUGAAAUUCAGUUUGUUAUGCUGUGGAGCAAAACUCUAAAAGCCAUAAUGUGGCUAACCCUACAAGAAAUAGGCAGUAACCCCAUCCAUAAUCUGUGGGGAGAAACUGAGACUCUUGUGAUUUUUUCUUUUUUCAGAAGGAAGUUUUAGGAAUGCAAAACGAAGUCAUGUUUCAGAUGCUAAGAAUCUCAGCUGGUGAAAGGAAGUCCCCUGCAAUCCUUUAAAAAAAUCAGGAAAUGAUUAUCUGUGUACCAAGCUAAAUUCUGACAGUGUUAUUCACAUAUUCAGGAUUCAAAAAUCAUGAACACAGUCUUUUUGCUUGUUUUUUUCUUUUGGACCUUAGCUUGCACAUGGGGAGUUCCUCUAGGCAUAGAUUUCUGCUCCUUUCAGAGGAAGAAGCGAGUCUGCAAAUUAGCAUUGCCCUUUAAAACGCAGGUGAACACUGUUCCAGGUGGGAUGGUCAGGUGUGUAUUGCUCCAAGCUCCUGUUCCCACAUAAGUUGUGUAUUUUGAGCACUGGCAACGUAAGUGUGAAAAUGUGGUUUCUUUAUUCUGAAAAUUAUUAAUUUUGAGUGAGUCUGUGUGCAGCAAUAUAGCUUAAAUUAGAGAUAUGCUACUAAAAUGUGUGCCGGUAAUUGCAAAUGGCUCCACAUGGAUAACCUAAAUCUCUACGCAGAAUUUCAUCAUGCUUUUGACCCUUGUCUAAUAAAUCCACUGGGACAUUUGCUCAACAUGUUAUUCCUUUAGAAUUGGAUAAUAAUAUCUGCCAUGCUGCUACUCUUUUCCUCUAUCAUUUCUGAAAUUAGUGUCAAAGCACACAAGCCUUUGUAGCAUUAAUCUAAAAGGAAAUGUAAUGCCUUCAUCUGUAACUUUGCAUUACUGUGCAUGCAAAAGGAACUUGAUAUAAUUCGAUGUCAGCAGUGCAAUAUACCUCUUAUACUUGACAGCCACAAGGGCUCUGUAGCUUUUCAGACCUGCAGAAAAGGUGAGUUUCACUAGCUGCACCCUUCCCUGUUGGAAGGUUGUAGUGAUAGAAGUAUGCUGGACCAAGCUUUCCUUCUGUAUAUAGCUGUCUGUAUCUGGCAACCCUAGAUAUGGUUGACAAUCAGCAAUUACUUUUUGAACCCUUUUACAAAACCUGCAUUCUUUUCUCCUUUUCUCUUGUUACAUGGAAAUCCUGGUUCAGAAGCAAAAGGCAAUCAACAAGUGAAGGUAUUUCCAAAACCAUUUUUGCUGAAAAAGAUAAGCCAUUUGGGUGCAUUUUAUCCCAUGUUUGUCACCGUAGCUGUGUUACAUAGAUUUUUUUGACAAUUGCUUUUCCUUGUCAUUUGAAAAGGGAGAUAAAGCAUGCGGCAUACAGACAGAGUGCCAUCAGAAGUUAUGGGCUACAACCUUGAUCCUCUUUUCUGAUAAGUAACUGACUUGUCUUGAAUUGUGCCCCAAAGUAUCAUCAUCAGUAGGACAUCAGUGUAAUUUUUCCAAGGCCAAGUGUACAGCUGAAAUAAAGAGCCAUUGUAGAGAUUCUUACAUCCCUGUUCACCAUUGGUUGUGUCUAAUAAUUAAACCUGAAAGACCAAUAACUUUCCAUUUGGGCUGGAAAGAGUGACAAUUGACCAUGUGAAUAUGAAAGUGUUUCAGCUUGUACAAAUUUAGAUACAUUUUGUUUGUACACAUUGUAUAGUGUUUCAUAUUAAAAUGUAAAUUUUGAGAGUUUUUUUUU